CUGCCUUAAUGCUGAUUGCUGUGCUUUAGUGUCAAAUGGACUUGCGCGGAACUGCUCUUGAGAACGUCAUAGCCUAGCGCUAAGCCGAUCGGUCUCCUGUGGUAGUCAGAAUCUCUGGACCCACCUGGCCAAUGCAGGCUCAGUAGCACAGAGGGAUGAGAGAUGCCGUAGUCGCCAGUUGCCUGUUCGGUUAUGCUCUCCUGUGAGUCUAUGCCAUACUUGCCGACAGUAACCUGAUCAAUCAAGAUGAACUUUUCGGCGUUUCCCCGUCCGUCCGAAGUAGAGCGCGAAGAGUGUUACCGUAAGCUUCCUAGGAGUCCAGAUUUAAAGAAUCAUGCGCAUUGUAACCGAACUCUGGACAGCUGGGGCGGAUGCUGGCCGAGACCCCAGCGGGAGAAGUCGCCUCUAUACCCUGUCCACCACAUCCAGUCUUUGACACCUCCAGAUUUGCUCACAAAGAAUGCAUGGAAAACGGAAGCUGGUUUGUGGAUCCGGAGUCCUUAACGGAAUGGGCUAAUUAUUCAGAGUGCAUCAACCAGGAGACGCACAUGUACGAACCUGACUACGGACCGAUUCAUGCUUUUGUUGGAGGGUACGCCUUGUCCAUUGUUAUGCUACUUGCAGCCACAGCCAUCAUGUGCUCCUUCAGGCAGCUGCGAUGUGAACGGAACGCCUUACACAAGCACCUGUUCGUCUCGUUUAUCUUGAAUGGCAUCUGUUGGAUUCUGUAUUUCCUAGUCGCUGUCACGAACGGUCACGUGUUGAUCACUAAUCCGAUUUGGUGCCAGUUCCUCCACUGCAUAUGUAACUACUUUGCCGUCUGUAAUUUUUUCUGGAUGUUCUGUGAAGGGUUUUACCUGCACACUCUGAUUGUCUCCGCCUUCCACACCGGCAAGCUCUUCAUGGCCUGUUGCAUCCUCGGCUGGGGGGCCCCUUUCCUGUUGAUAGUUAUUUAUUGCGUAAUCCGAGCUACAGACGAUGGUCACACCGAACACUGUUGGAGCGGUAACAGCGUCUAUGUGUGGAUAAUAUAUGGCCCCGUUAUCACGUCAUUACUGGCCAAUUUUGCAUUCCUAAUUAACAUAAUCCGUGUGAUAAUUCGGAAGUUACGAGAUUUUGACGCCCCUAAUACCUCACAGACGAGGAAGGCAGUCCGUGCCACAAUUAUUUUGGUUCCGUUACUUGGACUACAGUACCUUCUGCUCCCCUUCCGGCCUAGCGAGGACAGCGGUUUCCAGGAGACCUACGCUUAUCUGUCCGCCCUGGUGACGUCUUUACAGGGCGCCUUGGUCGCUUUGAUCUACUGUUUCUUGAACGGAGAGGUCAUCAGUGUGAUUAAACGUCGCUGGCAGCAGAUAAACCUGAUGGAAGGACGCAGCGUCCGCCUCCAGGGGGCGCUCGUCUGGCCACCCACAAGCAUGACCUAUAUGGAAUCACACACGGCGGAUAAGAAAGAUUACGGGGUGUCCAAGUCUCGUCACACCGAGGAUUUCGGAGAGGGUGCACUUGAACUGGAAAAACUGAACGGUGACGUCACGGCGGACAAGACUUCUUCACACAGGUGUUGA